CUCCUUUCAGUGCAGCAUAAACAUUGGUGUUGGUGGCAAUUUGGUCGAGAACAGAGUCGGAACAAAAGAGCGAGAAGAUCUGCAGAGGAGGCAAGGCAUCAUUGAGAAGAAGCUCGGGUGGGAGUUUGGGAUGUCCUCCAUGAGGUGGUUUGGAGUGCAGAAAGAUGUUGUCGAAGACAGGUGGAUCAGGGAGCCUGGGAGUAACCUUCUUGAUAGUUCGGGCAGGGGCUUUCCUUUUGGCGCCUGUUGAGGGACCAACAUCUGCAACCUCCUCUACCUCCUCUUCCUCCUCCUCUUCCUCGUCCUCUAGACUCUCGGUCAACGUCGUGCGUGGGCGCGAGUCAAUUGGUACUAGGACUCGGCGGUACAAGUCUUCGCAGACCUUCAACAGGUAUCGCACGAUCGAUUACCCUGCUCCAUACCAGGCAGAGGCUGCAAGUGAGAUGGGCCCUGCCUAGCCUCGUAUCAAAACCCCGCAACACUGACUGCGAUAUUCUGUCAAACAGCGCACUCGACUCAAGGAGCAUGAACCGCUUGAAGCAAUGAAGUAAUGCGCAUGG